AAGAAAUGUACAGAACGGGCCACGACUGGUUUGGCAAGCAGCAGAGAAGACGCACUUUAAAGUCCUGAAAAGGAAAAUAUACUAAAAAGGGGCUGCUGUCUUUCACAUGGGUGUCUUCUGUUGAUCUGAAAGUCAGAGCAAACCUCCAAGCUGGCAAAACUGGGAAACAGAAUAAGAGAAAAUUGAGGCACAUUCCAAAGUUGUCAGUUGGAAACCAAAAGAUGAGACAGCAACACUCCCUCAACAAGAGAUCCACAAGCAGACAGAAAUGGUGACAGGUGCUACCACAGUCCUGUCCGAAACAGGGCAAGGAAGCGACAGUGGUGUCCUCUCCUUUUCCAACUCUACUGCUGCCUCCUGCAAUAUUGAUGAGUCCUACAAGUACAUCUUCCUCCCCAUAUGCUACUCCUUCACAUUUGUCUUCAGCCUCACCCUCAACUCUGUGGUGCUCUAUCGCUCCUUCCACGGCACCAAGCGCUGGAAUGCGUCUCUGAUCUACAUGGUAAACUUGGCCUCGACUGAUUUCAUGUACGGCCUCUCCCUGCCCUUCUUGGUAGCCAGCUAUGUCAUGCGUGACAACUGGGUGUUUGGAGACUUCAUGUGUCGCUUAGUGCGCUUCCUCUUCUACUUCAAUCUGUACUGCAGCAUCUUCUUUCUCACCUGCAUCUCUAUACAUCGCUAUCUGGGCAUCUGCCACCCAAUGAGGACCAUCACCCUGGAGACCAAGCGAGCUGUGAAGGCUACUUGCGUUCUAGUAUGGGUUGCUGUCUUUGCCCUGACCUGCCCAAUUUUCCGCUUUGCACAGACAGAGUUGCUUCCCCAUCGAAGAAACCCUGGGGCUUUAGAGGCAGCUGGAAACAGUGACAGCACACACCCAAGGAUGGAAGGGUUCCAGAAUUGCUGGGAUGAUGCUAUUGAUGAUGAAUUCCAGGUCUAUGUUCCUUAUGGGAUAACUCUUCAUCUUGUGGGUUUCUUUGUGCCCUUUAGCAUCAUUGCAUGGUGUUACUCUCGUGUAGUUAUGGCAAUAUUUCAAACACUGCACUCCCAACCUCCUACCAAUGGUCCAAGGACAAUGCGUGGAAAUAGGGCCAGAACAGGAAGAGCAGGUAUGGCCAUCAUUUUAGGGGCUCAUUCACCUUCUGUGAACAGGCGUCGCAAGUCCAUCAAGACCAUCAUAACCAUUACACUGCUUUUUGCCCUUUGCUUCUUCCCCUUUCAUGUCACCCGCACCAUUUUUUUGGUGCUUAAGGUGACCAGCGGGGUACGGUGCCCCACGAUGCGAAUGGUGUCCAUAUGUUACAAAAUAACUCGGCCACUUGCCUCCUUUAAUGCCUGGCUCAACGCUCUACUCUAUUUCCUCACCAAGGAAAAAAGUGGGCCAUGCUGUCACAAACCACAGCCCACCCAACAGAGCCUCCUUUGGCCUUUGAGGAUGCUGGGAAAGGGUAUGAAUGAAGAGGAAGACAUUGAAGAGGCAAGAAAGCAUAAAGACAAUGACCUCAAGGCAGAAAAGACCAUAUUCAGAGACAAACCCUGAAGCUGUAAAGUGGAAGCAGAGAUGUCAAAUGUGGUUGAGAUGUUAUCACUAUAAAUUCCCCUGAUGUAUAAUCAGACAUUUAAAAAAGAAAUAUAGAGGGUAAAAGUUGUGGAUCUGCCGUUAAUCUUGUAUAACAUAAGAAAUAGUAGGCAAAAAAAAAAACCCUUCCUAAUUGAUAAUCAGAUAAUGUGAUAAUUAUGAAUCAAUAAAGUGAUUUAUACAAUUGAGUAGUAUUAAUUUGCAUAGUCUACUUUUACCCUUUUUGCCUAUUUCACCACAGUAUGAAAACUCAGAUAUGCCACUCAUGUAUCAGACAACUGUUUUUGUUUUGGGUACACUUCCUUAUGGACAUAGGUACUUUGUCCAUAAGUGUUGUUGCUCACACAUGAAUGAUUAAACUGUAAAUAAACUAUAUUUGCAAUUCAGCCUUUAUUAAAUUGCAAAUAAUUAGAAAUAAGAGUGAAAAUGGACAGAUUUACAUUGUGGUGCAUACAUAUGCUUUAAAAUGGCUUUGUAGUUGAAUUUGUAGUUUGGAGAAGGAUAAAGAGGGGGUUAGGUCAUAGUCAAUGAAAUGUCUGUCAAAGUCCGUUUAGAGCUCGUCAUUAGAAAGUGAGAAAGACACUGCUGAUCCACAACUGGUUAUGUAUUAGGCAAUGUUAAUAAUUUCCAUUUUUUAACAGUUAAGUCAGGGGACCUAGGCAAUUUUCACCCCUAAAUUAGAUUAUUAAUUAUAGAACACGUUGCUGUUUUCAGCACCAAAUUUAUAUGCAGGUAUGCUCUCUCUCAUUUGUCUCAUUUUACCCUGCCUGCCAUUUCAACCAGUAAUCCCUACAGACUAUUACUAUUGUUACUAGU